AUGAUAACAGAAAGAGAACCUCACGACCAGAUCAAUCCAGGCUCUGGGAGCGAGCGGGCGCACCACGGCGAGGCCAGGGCCAAGGCUCGGGGACGGCGGCCGGGAGCGGAGCGGAGCGGAGCGCGGGACCCGGCGCCCGCCGAGUGUACCCGAGCUGACUCGAGAGGGACUUGUCCUGCGCCGCGCGGGGUGCACCGGAACAGGGACCGGCUCCAGGGGGAUCCGGGACGGGCACCGGGAGGGGAGCCGGGACCGGCUCCAGGGGACGAUCUGGGACGGGUUCCGGGGAGGAUCCGGGACGGACUCGGGGACCCGCGCUGGGGGAAUCUGGGACGAGCUCCGGGACGUGUCCCCCCCCCCCCCCAUGAUGGCGCCUUGCGGCCGCGAACCUGCCGCCGGACCUCCUCUCCUGUCUCCCCGCGUCUUUGUCGGGCGUGCCCAGCUCUCCGGGGACCCCGUUCCGCCUCGGGCCGCAGCCCCAUUGUGUCCCCGCCCUGGCCUGCAGACCCUCGCCUGGACAGCGCUGCGCCCCGCUCCGGUCUCCCUGGAUGGGUCGCGCGCCCCCCGGGGUCCCCAAGCAGCCUGUUUUGGGGGUCGAGGUUAAGGAAAGUUCGCGGCACAGUUCCCUCUGAUUUAUUCAAAGGUCUGGCGGCCUCGCGUCUCCCCCCCCCCCCUUCCGCCUACACCCCCUGCGUCGCCCAGUGUCGCCUCAUUCCUUUCCCUUUACCGGAUUCGAUUGCUUCAUUGCGUUCCGAGAGCCGGGAACAACUGUUCUCGUCCCGACCGUCUUUGUUAGUGUUUCUGUCGCGGGGUGGGGGCGGUGGGCGUGAGAGCGCGGGCCUGGGCGGCCGCUCUGCGGACUGCCUGCGAAGGCUGCGGGGGACAGCGUCUCCCCGAGGUGCUUUGGGGAGCCAGGAGGUCCAUCACGGACCACAUCUCCAUACUAUGGUAGUCGCGGCUUUUGUUUAUUCGGAGGCGCAUGCAGUUUCUCUAAAAGCACGGUGCAAGAUAAUCCAGCUAAGAGCUUUCCGUCUGAAAACCUCAGCCCGGGCCACAACCAUCUAAGAGCAUCGUGAUAGAGUGUGUGUUGUCUUGUCACCCCCGGCCUGUCUCUUCUCCUUCUCUUGGAUUCCUGGGUGACAUCUGAAGUUUUUAGAGCACGGACUGAAGGGAGUUGCUUGGUUUGUGUAAUGUCUUCCUGUUGCUGGAGCGAAAUCACAGCCUGCCCUUCACAUCUCUCACUCCAAGGGCCUGUGGUGGAUAACGUGCCCACACCUCAGCACAAUGAGAAAACUGUUCCCUGACAGUAUCUCUAGCUUUGUGCCCUUGGGGAGAUGAUGGCUUUACGUUUUGGAGGAAUGACAGCUUUUUUAUAGGCAAUUAAAAAUGCUAACCUCUUGUUCAUCUUGGAAUUUAUAUUCUUUUUCCGGUGAGUUCAUGUGAACGUUAAGAGGAAGUAAAUCUUGGUUCCCAGCUAGACAUACUAGUUGAAAACAAAAUUUCGGUUUUUAAUCUUGAUUUACAACGAUAUUGGCCGCAAGAUAAAAUGCAGCAAUGUGGUAGAUUGGAAGAAGAAUAAACCCUGAUGUAAUUAGAUGAGCAUAUUUAAGCUGCAGUAGCCUACAUAAUCAAGGCCAAGUUGUGUGUGUAUAAAAGAUCUCAUUUGUGUGGUCUUACAAGGCUAAUGGAGGCAUCGCGGAGACUUUAUAAAUAAUGUAAGUUGUGUAUAAUGCGGAGUCUCCAGAGAGCCGGAGAGAGCGUCAUUACCAGCCUUUUCAACCUGCUGCAGAUCUUAAAUUGAUUUACAGCACUGAACUGGUGCAAAAUGAUACAUCAGGAUGACAUGGGGUCAGCCUGUAAAAGUCUAUGAUGUCAGCCUGUUAGUUCAGCCAUCAUAAUUAAACCAUAUUACAGGGGCAGCUAAGCAGGAGUCUGGCGUUCUACUUCAGAUAUGGGUGGUACAUAGAUUUUGUUUAUAAUGGAGAGGGGAGGUGGUGGAGGACCCUAGUGUUUCUAAAAGCGGAAGAAGCAUUCUGAACUGCGAUUUCUGAGGGAGAGAAGAGCCGAAGUAAAUGGCAGAGAUGUUGCGUCUCAUCGAAGACGCAGCUGCUUUGCAGUUGAUGCUUUUUGGGUGGUGGGGCGACCUUUGCAGUUCUGAUCUGGGUGUCAGAGCUUGCUUACGUCAGUGUGAAUUUAACUUGGCCUUCAGAGGAUCACUUACUUUGUUUCUGAUCAUUUCUUAGCUCUGAGCUUGCACUGCAUCGGUAUGUGAGUCAACAUGUUAUUGCCUUAACAGGUCAGAGUUACCAGGUUCGCACCGAAAACAUAACAGCAACUCUGGAGAGGAUCCUUGCUUCUGCUUAAGUUUUUAUAAAACAUAUUCAAUUUAGACGUGCUGUCCGAUAAGGUAGAAAUAGAAAUAAUAAUCAUAAUUUAAGAUACCACGUUGUGUGCACCACCCACAUUUCCAGUAGCCUUAUGUGACUGCCACGUUGAAUGUGUAUGGGACAGUUUUAUCAUCACGGAAAGUUCUAGACUCUAGAAUCUAAAGAGUGACCCUAGGAUCUUCCUCCGUUCUUCAGACAAGUCGUUGGGAAGUGACGGGAAGAAACCAGGUGAGAUGAGGUUGUUUUCAGUAGAUCGUAUUUGCCGUUCGUGUUCAUGAUUGAGAGUACUAGGUACAUAGAAAUUAUUCUCGGUUUUUUUUCUUAUUCUUCUACUGUGUGCCAGCGGUUUUAAAUUAUUUAAGCCUGGGACUUCCCUCCACCCCCAUCUUACAGGUAAAGAAACGGAGGCAGAAGUGAUCAUUGUUGCUUCAGGCUGCACAACUAACAUGCUGUGAUUUACAGUCUAAGCAGGAAUAUGAACCAAGCGACCUGACUCCGCCCUGAGCCUCAGUCUUAACUCUUUUUUGUUUGUUUUCUAUUUAUUUGAUCUCUGUUUUCGUGAACUCCCUUCUUGCCCAAGGAAUGUAUCUGUGAGCCCGAGUAUACGGGUAUAUGAACUAGGUCUACAAGCCACAUACUUUACUGCUACCAGGUCCUAAAGAGAUGUGCACUACCGGAGACCGCAGGAUGGUUCGACAUGUCAGUAAGGCUGGUGACCGCAGUGUGAGUCUAGAACCUACAUGGUAGAAGCAGAGAACUGACUCUCCUAAGUUUCCCCAGGCCUGACCUCCACCUCCUUAAAUAAAUUAAAUAUUAAAAAAAUUAAAUUUAUUUAAAGAGAAUUAUUUGGUAUACAUAUACUUUUUUACCACUUAUUAAAGAGGAAACUAAAUUUUCUAACUAAUCACAAGAUGAAUGUGCUUGUUUAUUUUACAUUAAAAUUGGUUGGGUAUUUGGUAGCACGGGACAUGGAGCCUCUUUAGAAUUUUUCAGAGUAGAUCGAUACUUUCAUAAUGGUCAGUGCUGAGAACGCCACUCAGCCUAAAUACGUGGCGUAGAGUGGCGGAAGUGUGCUUAGGGCUGUUAAUAGAAGUUAUUAGAAAUUCUAGCCUAAUCCCAAGUCAGAUUCAUUGAGUGUUUUGCCACACUCAAGUCAGCCUCUAGAUCAUCGGUUUCUAGAAUCAAACAUUCUAACACCACACGUUCCAGGGAUACUAAUUUAAUACAUGCCGAGGAGUGGCCCUCUAGGAGACAUUGAAAGUCUUUGUUUUCCAUAAUCAAACUGUUACGUUCAAAAAAACAUUUGUGUGUGUAGGUGGUGGGUGCCCAACCUCUGAAGGAUAGGGACAACCCUCUGGAGUGUCCCCUUCACUUCAUGGGUCCCGGGACCCAAACAGGCCAUUGGGCUUGGCAGUGGCACCCUUACCCACUGAGUCUUGUUGUGCCAAGGCGUUGCAGUUCUGUAAGAGCUGAAAAUUUGGUGUCUAUAGCAAGAAACAAAAACCCAUGGCAGCCCAUAGCAAAUGAUAGUGUCAAAUCCGAGCAGAAGUGUGGCCCUCAGUGUUACUGUGUGGCAGGGGGGUAGGGACAGGGCGAAGCUGCAGUGUGUUCCAGUCCGACAUCAAUGAGCCUGCCAGAAACACCUUGGAUUCACAUUACGCCUUUGAUUUUGAGUUAAUGUUUGGCUACGACUUGAGUUAAGCUGGGAUUUGGAAUACCCGGUAGGCCUUGCUUUGUCCGUAUGGACAUGGCUCUGCUUUUACAUUUUAGGCCUUUAGACAAACUCAUUCUGCGUCAAGCUUUUUUUUGGGGGGGGGGGGAAGGGGGAUGCUUCCUCCUGUCACCCCAGGUUAAAAGAGAAAAACUGAAUUUCAUCCUUACCUAAGCAGCACAUGACUUGAAGACGAGUUUGACAGUCCAACAUUUACAAGUCCAGUCAGUUGUGACCUUGCUUUUCUGCGUAGUUCCCGCCGCUUGCCCCUGCUGUAUCUGUGAUCAGUUCCCAGCUGAUGGGGUGGUGAAAGGUGAGGCUGUCUGGUCUACCUGUCUCGACGACAGAACCGCUCUGCUUCCCUGAGCGGUCCAGCCCAGCAGCUGAGUGAAGGACGCUUCAUUGCCAAUUCUUUGGGGACUUUUUUUUUUUUUUUAAGGAUGGGUGUCAGCUUUUGUAGAAAGCCUCACAACUUACUUGCUUCUAGCUUUUUUGGAGGAAGGGUCUGAGCUGUUUGCAGAUCUGAUGGAAGCAUGGUUCUGGCAUCUUUCACUCCCGUCUUCCUAUCCAGGAAUGACGCUGUGUAGUGGUGAGUUCGUGUGCUCAGGCGACGUCCGCUCUCGAGACUGUCUUGUCAAGGGCGUCAGAGAGAAUGAAGAUGUUCGGUGUUAAGCAUUGCUUUAGAAGGUUCCUAAUCCAAUCGGUUCCUACCAGGUUGGGCAAUCUGAGGCCAAGAGAAGUUACUUGGCUUGUGUUGUAUUUCCUAUCUAACUGAUUGAAACAGAAAGCCAGACCCAGAUCCUUUGAGUAUUGAGGGUUCAUUUGUUUGUUUUUUCCUGGUACAUACAGUGUUCCUGAGGCAUUGGGCUCAGCACAUCCUGCAUCAUUUGGGGAGGGGAAGAAAGAGAAAUUUGUGUGUGGGGGGGCAUGAUAUUGCUGUUUUUAUACCUAAUAAUUUUUUGAGCUAGGAAGCAAUUAAAUCUGACAACCAUAGAGAAAUGUUUGCUUUUUACGGAUUAAAAUUGAUUUUUUUCAUUCAAGAAAUUGAAAAGAAAAACCCCAUGUCUGAUUUAAUCAAUGAGAUUGUAUUAGAAAUGGGUGGCCAAAAUUCAAAUUAAAUCAGACAUCUAUGACAUACUAAGAAAUCCUAAACUCUCUAGGCUGGAACACCCCCUCACCAAAAGCUGAAGUUGGAAUCUUUAUGGAGUUAGGUGGGUAGCAAGGAGAGAGUUGGAAAGGCCUGGGAAGAGAAGGGUAAUUUAGCUGUAAAAGGAUGGAGGAAAUUUAAUUCAAAGGAAUCCUGAGAUUGGCGAAAUGUCUUGGUAUUUCUAUGUGUGGUCUUGUAAUUUUGGCACCAAGAUUGUAGGAUACGUGUUUUGGUAAUGGGUAGGGACAUCUCUCCUGAAGUGUGGUCUUCUCACUGUGUUCCUUUUUGGCUAUUAUCUGGCAGUGGAAAUACUCCAAUCUGGUCGUCAGUGAUCUGAUUUGUCGCAAAAAUCCAUGAAGUAUUUUCAGCACUUCACUCUGCAAUUGCUUCUCUUAGGGGAAGUGGUGGAGCUAAGAGGCCGAUAUGUAACCACUUCAGAUCCGAACCCUUCAUUUAAUGACACUGUGGCCACUUCAGAUCCAACAUUCAUGGAGGCGUGUGCCGAGAUGGCCCACAGCUAGUCCUCAAACAGCGUGGGAGGCCCUCGCUGGAGUGUGCAGAGAGGCGCAGGAUGUCUUGGGUGUCCGUGUUCAUCUGCAUAAGGGAUACUAUCCUCCCUUGGGAAGCGCAGUUCAACCUCAGCGACGACAUCAUUUUGGAGGAGGCACUGGGAACUGCCAUAUUUGGACAGUGUAGCAGCUCAGCUCUGUAAUUUUUAUUAUAAACUGGAAGCAGAAUUUGAGAACGGAUUCCCUCCUGAGAAGAAAGCACCAGCCGUCUCAGGCUCCCGGAGCCCUUGCCUGUUGAUUCUCCUGCAUCUAUCGCUGCAUAGUUCCAAGUGUCUGAAAAGAAGCCUGUGUUUCUCUUUGAAGUGCACACAUCUGUGGUGGCUUCUUCUUCCUCCUCUUCCUCAUUCUCUUCUCAUUUUUGUUAUUAGAGACACGCCUGCAUUGAAGGAAAGAACACAUAACACACGUAACCAUUAAUUAAACAUCUAGACGUUUCUUAGCUCCAAGGUGUCAAAGAAUGUUCAUGGUCAUGGUUGGGAGAGAAAGAAAAGGGCUACUUGUUGAUUUAGAAACAUUUACUUAGACUGAAUUUUUGAAUGUUUUAUUUACAGUUUUUCUUAAUUUUGGAGCUCCCAUGCUAUAUUUUUCCUUAAAAUUUCAAAUAGUUUUAUGAUAUAGUUUGUCUAACUAUUCACUUUUCCUCUGCUUGCCUGUGGUUUCUUUAUGCCUGUACCGAGUAGAAACACUUCAGACCUGCACAGCUAUUUUAUUUUUUCAGUUUCAUACGCCACAAGAAAAAACGGGCAGCUAAUUAUCUACCAACUGCUAUAGUUAGGCAUUAAAUCAAGUUAUUCAUUUAGUUAAAUGAAAGGUCUUUUAUUUCUUUAGAUUGAAGGAAAACUUUUUUAAUGGAAGAGGGAUAUUUAAAUAAUAUUUGAUGAUUUUUGGUGUGGUAUUGUAGUUAGUGUAUGCUUCAUUCAUCCAUGAGUUUUUUUUUAGUUAUGGUAAUUCACGAGAAGAAUCACAUAAAAUGAAGGAAAAACAUUGAAUAACACUGCAAGGAUUGUUCCUGAGCGGUCUGGGAUUCAGUCUUACAACUCUGGAGGACUCCUGUGGGAUAGAGGAAAUACUACAUGGGGCUUGUAUGGGUCAGAGCACAGUGGAUGAGCAAGGCUGAGCGAUCCUGUGGCAGCCCAGUCCCGUGGAAAUCCUGCCGUGGUGCGGGUGUGCUCUCUCCAGCCCCCAGAGCCAUAGCCACAGGUGUCUGUCCAGCACCAAGUGUGAUGAUGUGAUUGAGGAACGGCCUUUAUUCAUGUCAGAUAACUUGUGCGGCUAUCAAAUUGGGCAGCACAGACUUACCCGCUAGUGAGCCGACCUGCCUGACUUCGGCGGGCAUUGCCACUGGACCCUGAGGGAUAGGCUGGAGAUGUGCUGGAGAGACACUGAAAUGAACAUUCUGGGGGCUUGUCCUGUGCCAGAACGCAGAAGCAGCAGGUUGUCACUGAAUAAACUUGGACAUAGGUUUGGAAUUGGGGUCAGUAGUGCUGGAUGCAACAUUUUUUUAAGCUUUCAUUUAUAUGGUGAUUAAUCUUCGAUAAAAUGGAUAAGGAACAGCAAUGACAAACUAACAAAGACUUGGCCAUGACUUGGCUGUGGAAUUACAAGAAAGAUGCCAGGCAUGACCUUAGGCUCCGAACCUCUGGCUGGGAACUGGUGCAACCAUGACACGGUCGUGGGGGAUAAAGCUUGUGCAGGUGGCAAAUUAGGAGUGGUGUGUUGGAUUUCCAUUGGGAUACCUAGGUAGGCUUUGUAGGUAAGUUAGAGAUGCAGAGCUCAGAAUUUGUGUGGGAUCCUUUUAUGGAGGAUGAGGGGAGGGGUGGCGUCUCUCUAGCCGCCUGCUGUGCACUCAGAGAGAACCAGGACAAGGAGACACAGCACGUAGGUCCACUUUUCCAUCCGAGUUCACACCUAGGAAUUCCGACGAGGCGUGUCAGAAGAAGUCAGAAGCAGCAGCUAUAAGAAAGACGUAGCACUGGAGGAGUGGAGAAGCCAGGACUCCGUGAGCAGAGUCCAAAGGAGGGUCAGAGCGAAGGCGUGCCUGUCACUUGGGCUAAAGGGGGAAAAAAACCAUCCUUAAGUGAAUGCAGUUGUGGAGAGAAUUGAGUAUAUUAAGAAAUGAGAAAUAGAUUCUCAUACUCCUGCUAGUCCCUUAUUUGUUUAAUAUGAGACUUUAUAUGGAAAGGUUGAAGAGACUAAGGGGCAGCAAUGAAAGACAGCGUGCUUAUGACCUGAAGCCCAGAUGACAAAGUACCGACCCCUGUAAUGUCUGAGUGAGUUGUAGAGGAAAGCAAGCGCCUCGGCAGAGGGCACACCAGCCUGUGCUGACCCUCCCCGUGUUCCAGGGAGCUGGCUACCUGUGUUUAAGAUCAUGCCCCAAACUUGCUCGCACCAUAAAUUUUGGAAAACUACCAUGACCUCGUGGUUCUUCCUCACUCGGAGGAAAAUGGCGCUGGUAGUGCAGCCAAGGAUUGCUGUGAACAUGAAAGAGGCAUGGUUUUGUAUUUCAUCUAGUUUAAGGUGUUACUUCAUAUUCUGCUGAAGGAAAAACACCUGUCCAGUUAAACACGGCGGCCUAGGAAUCACACUCUGUGUGGCUCUAGAGAUAUUAAACUAGUGUUAAAAUGUAGGGGUUGCAUCUUUCGGCCGUUCUGUGUGGGACCAGCCGUCCAGUGAGCAUUAUUCAGCUGAUUGUUCACACAAAUCAGUGUGGUUUACAGGAGAGAAUGUUAAUGAGAGCAGUGUUGCGUCUCGUCCAGAUAAAGGGAUGCCGCUGGGAUGAGGGGGCUGAAGGACUGAGUGGUUGCAGAAUGGCGAGCAGAGGAAUAUUGAAGAAAGAAGCGUGAGACCGCCAAGUCUGGGAAUUUGUACCUAAAGCACUUCCUGGGCAGUUGUUGAUAGCAGUGUUUAGAAAGUAUGGUCACUGAACUCGGGCGAAUCCCUUUAAAGACCUAGGCAUGUUUUUUAAUUGUUCAAAGCCUUUAAAUUCAGUAUUCUGAAUUUAUCCGUGCCCUUUCCCGUUGACCUCCGCCCCAGUCCAGGGAUUAAUACCCGCAUCUUCGGUCUUUUGCAUCAUUCAUUAGGGUUAAUUUCUGUCCCACUCUGACAACACGUACUAGCUAGCAAGGGUUCUUACCACGUUUAGGAGGAAAGAAGGUUAGUGUAGGACAGUCCGGGGGAACUGCAGAGCCCCCGGAUGUGGCUCCAAGGGACAAAAAGAAAACCUUCAUAGAUAUGACAAACACCAUGUCCAUAGUGUGCACAAUAUUGCAGGCAGCCUGACAGCAGGCCUCAGCAGGGUUAUUGUGGCCUGCAGGAACCUUCCCAGUGCAGCAGGAAGCAAUACCCCCGCCCCAGAGAAGAACUGAGGGAGCACCUCACAAACAGAUGAAACACAGGCCAGUGAAGGGGACCUGCACC